UUUCUUCAGUGAAUGCAGAAGUUUUAUUUCCAGUGUUUAUUUUCGGCGGGAGAAUUGCGAGUUGUCUGUAACGCAGUAAAACUCCAGGAAACAAGUGAAAUCUGUGUGACACUGUUGUAAAGAUGUUUAUUAAAGAGGAGAGUGAAGAUAUGGCUUAUCCAGAAGCAUGCAGAAUUAAAACCGAACACACAGACGAACAAACAGUGUUGGAAGUGAAAGAGGAAAAACAAGAACUGAAUGAUGUGCAGGAAGAACAUCCGAAUCAGAAUCCUCAUAAUUUCAAAACUGGAGAAAUUUAUUUUAGUGGCUCACAGACUGAGAAUAAUUCCCCACCAAAAAGAACUAAAGGAACCUACACCUGCCCUCAGUGUGGAAAGAUGUUUACAUGUAAAGAAAAUCUUUUAGUCCACAUGAAAAUUCGCACUGGAGAGAAGCCUUUCACAUGCCAUCAGUGUGGAAAGACUUUCUCACAGAAAGCAACUCUUAACAUGCACAUUAGAGUUCACACUGGAGAGAAGCCUUUUAAAUGCGAUUACUGUGGGAAGAGUUUUACACAGCAAGGAAGUCUUCAGAGACACAUACGAAUUCACACUGGGCAGAGGCCUUUCGUGUGCCCUCAGUGUGGAAGAGGUUUCAUAGUGGCAGGAAACCUUAAAGCACACUUAAGACUUCACACCGGAGAAAAGCCUUUCAAGUGUCUUCAGUGUGGAAAGAGUUACAUACAGGCCAGAAAUCUAAAAAUCCAUGUCUGUCCUCCUCCAAAGCCAUUCAGCUGUGAUCAAUGUGGUAGAAAUCUUAGUUCGGCAGGUUUCUUAAAAAGACACCUGGAAAGUCAUGCAAAUGAGAGCACCAGACAAGAGCAGCAGAAAGUCCGGAUUGUUGCGAGAGCCCAUGUGUGCUCUGAUUGUGGGAAGGCCUUUACUAAAAGUGGUGACUUGAGACGGCAUCAAAGAAUCCAUACCGGAGAAAAACCAUACAAGUGCUCACUUUGUGGAAAGAGUUUUUCUCAUUCAGGCACCCUGAAGGGACAUGAGAGAGUGCAUACUGGUGAGAAGCCAUACCAAUGCAUUUCAUGUGGGAAAUGUUUCAACCAAUCAAGUUCUCUAAAGUCCCAUAGAAAGAAGCAUUGCCCUCUAGUGAACAGUGGACAAGAUGGCAUUUCAAGGGCCCCAGUUUAGCAGGGCCCCUCUCUAAUGGAAAUGGUGAAGCAAAGUUGCUUUGGACUUUUAACAGGAGGCAGUAAAAUAUAAAACGUUCUGUUUCCUAUACAGACAGACCAUAAAAGAUAUGCCAAGUUCUGAGUCUCUGGCCUGAGAGAGGGAUGAGACAAAAACGGACACAACCUGUUCUGAGCUCGAGAGACAAUAAUAGGCACAACCAGCAACAAGGUUAAGCUCUUGCGGGCAAACAAUCCCUUCACGCCUCUUGCAUCUGCAUGUCCCAGCUUGAAAGGAUGCUCUCAAUGCUCCAGGAGAUCAGUACUUUGUGUUCAAAUCUGGUGAAACGGAAUCUAGCUCCUUCUCCAAUGCAACACACUUCAGCAAAACCAGUGAAAGACGUCGCCAUCCUUGAGCAGAACACGCAACACAAGCAGAUCGUAAAUAUCACUGUCAGUUCAUGAUUUUCUAAUGUUCUUUAAAUUGCAAAACCUGUGCAUCAAAUAAUCUUGGAGUAAUUUGUUAAAUUAGAGAAAAGGGCUUCAACUUAGUAGUUUACAGAGAAACAAUAGUCUGUUUUGACAUGAGAUGUCUUGCCAUAGCUACAUCCAACCAAAUCACUUCUUUCCAUCCUAUGUACUUUAUUUUCUUAUCCAUUUGUAUUAUCAUUUAGCAUAUUUGUACCAUUUAGUUGUU